AUGCUGGCGGAGCGUGUAGCGCAAAUGUUUGAUGAGCUACGCGACCAGGUGGUCUCAAUGGUGCGCGAGCACGAACACCAAGGUGACCAAGUGACGGAGCUGCAGCAGCAGCUGACAAUCCACAGCAACAGGGUCGAAGCUUUGGAGGCCGAGCUCCACGAGCUUAGACAAUUACUGCAUGUUGAGACAAACUCUCCGGAAACUCCAGAAACCUGCACUCCCCCAUCGCCAAUGGAGCAUAUGGAGCUGGUGGAGUGGAAGGAAGCAUCCGAGUCCGAGGGCACCAGCAGCCCUAGGGACGAGGAGGACGCAUCGGCCAUAGCAAGUGCGCUAUUGCGCCAGAUUUACGCAGUGGUCGACAAGGCCAAGGUAAAGCCAGAUGCACCACAGGUGCAGGAGAUUCCAGCCAGCCGCGAUGUUCAGCUGACCUCCUGGAAGUGUAUUUUCAGGCACGGCAUGGACGUGCGCUCUUGGCCUCAGGUACAGCGCACCGGCAUAGUAGGAUUCCUCAACUGUGGGCAAGAGUUUCAAGUCUGUGAAGAAAGGCCGGGCCGCGACGGCACAGUCUUCCUGAAACUGUCGGACGGCCUGGGCUGGGUCUUCACCAAGAGCCGUUCUGGAAGGUUUUGUGUGCGGGUUGAGAAGGAGUCAGCAGCCGAGAAUGCCUGGCGGGACUACAAAGGCCCUGAUCACACUAGCCGGCACUAUGACACUAGCCGGGACUAUGACAGCCAUCACACCUGGAGCACCAGCUCCACGUGGCGGGACCGUGAGGACAACAACAACCCGCGGGCCCACCAAGAAAAUUGGGCGUGGAACGACACGAGCUCAUGGUGGGAGAAGACCAAUGCCCACAAGGCGGGUGACGAUGCAGAGGUAGUGGAUUUGCAGUGCCUGGAGCGUUUGGCUUUGAUGCAGACACGAGACGGUGUGCUUGCUGGUCGCUACGUAGAGGAUGACCUGCAGAAAGUGUUCCUGGCGUGGACGGACGACACAUUCACAGCCGGGGUCCAGCGAGUCUACAGUGGAAUCACUCGAGACUCGCCAGUGCCAGAUGAUUAUGCGGCUUGGGCAAAGGAGUUUUCUGAGCAACAAAUCGUCCUCGGAGGUUGUCGCCUUGCAGGCCUCCUGCGUUUGGUUGCAUCCCGUUCGCUGCUUCCCAUCCCAGGCAACAAGGAUCCGCCGGCACAGUGGACCCUCACUGCAAAAGCUUUUGCUGCAGUGAGCUUGGCUCUGGGGAUCCUCCUUGUCAUCCUCCUGUACUCGGUCCUAAAGCUUCGUCGCAACCUGUUGCGGGUCGCCAUGGCGGACGAGUGCCAGCCCCACGAGUUGUAUCCACGUGCGUGA